UCGGCUCGGCCGCGCCGCCCGCCAGCCAUGCGGGAGCGCCGGCGGGGCGGCGCCGUGGGGGCUACGGCCGACGGUAACGCCGACUGGAUGGGCUCGUUACCGCCCGCACUGCGCUCCCUGCCGCUCUCCAACCUCGCCAUCCCGGGAUCACAUGAUUCUUUCAGCUACUGGGUCGAUGAGAAAUCUCCAGUGGGACCAGACCAAGCAACAGCCAUCAAACGUUUGGCCAGAAUUUCCUUGGUUAGAAAGAUCAUGAAGAAAUGGUCAGUGACUCAAAAUUUGACUUUCAAAGAGCAGUUAGAAGGUGGGAUCCGCUACUUUGAUCUUCGUGUAUCUUCCAAACCUGGGGAAAUAGGACAAGAGAUUUACUUCAUACAUGGCUUGUUUGGCAUCAAAGUAUGGGAUGGGCUGAAGGAAAUGAAUAGUUUUCUUGAGCAGCACCCCAAGGAAGUAAUCUUCUUGGAUUUCAAUCAUUUCUAUGCCAUGGAUGACAGCCAUCACCACUUCUUGAUCAACAGGAUCCGCUCAGCAUUUGAAUCCAAACUUUGUUGUGUUGAAUGUGUAGAAUAUGUCACGUUACUGUACAUGUGGGAGAAGAAACACCAGGUUCUCAUAUUUUACCACCACCCUUUGUAUCAGGCAUAUCCCUUCCUGUGGCCAGGUAAUAAAAUGCCAGCACCAUGGGCUAAUACCACUAAUGUGCACAAACUGCUGCAGUUCCUGGAGACCACACUUGGGGAACGAAGUCGUUAUGGGACUUUCCAUGUAUCUCAAGCAAUUCUCACGCCUCGAGUGAAAACGAUUGCACGGCAUCUGAUUCGUGGUCUGAAGAACACACUUGUUCAUAGGAACCUGCCCAUGAUUUUGAAUUGGGUGAAAGCACAGAAGCCUGGUGUUAUGGGUGUUAACAUAAUUACAUCAGACUUUGUGGAGCUGGUUGAUUUUGCUGCUACAGUUAUUGCAUUGAACGACCUCCUUUUGGAAGAGGAUGAAUCUGCAACUUAAAUCCUGAUUGCUGUGUUCCACAUGUGCUCCUUAGUGGACAUCUUUGAACUAUGCUUAAUGUUUUACUUGUCAAGUGAAACCUAUUGUAAUCUCUCUCUAUGAAAAAAUGUUUCCUAGAGGAAACGUGGUUAAACAUCAUGUACAACCAGGUCCUUUCUCCUGGAGUCAUGUGGACCUGAGUUAGCCGAGUACUGUGUAUGUGUGCUGCUGUGUCUGUCUGUCUGUCUUUCUGUGUAUGUGUGCUCUGUGUGGCUGAGCUGUGCACACAUCUGCUGCUGACAGGGGCUGGCCUCUGGAGCAGAUGUACCCUAUUGUGGCACGCAUCUCUUCGGUGACCAUACUCCCAGCGCCUGCAUGUGUGCAUCCUGCCUGCUUCCCAUGGCCGGGGCUCACUCCAGGGAUCACUGCUGAUCCCCUUGGCAGCGUGACCAGGCUGACCGGGUGGAGCUGUUCUUGGGCCACCUCUAGCAUAGCUGAGUUCAGCUGGAGGGAGGCUCUACUCGUUAUGCUGUUUUAGACACUACCUCUGAAUUACUUGAAGAGACAAUACUGCUGUUGUUCAGGGCAAACCUGUUAACACUGUGUUAAAUAUCCAAACUGUCCUUUGGGCCUGAGAGGUGAAGGCUUGGCACAAUCUUUCUUCUUGACCUCUUUAUUUUACUUUAUUACUUCAAUAAAUUAGUUGCAACUGUGAUUAAGUAUAUUUCUUUUGGCAUUAAUUUAGAGAAUAUUUCAGUCUCCAGAUUUUGAGGAUUAAGACUCAAGUCUGAAUUCCUGUUCUCUGUGACAUAUAGGAAACAUUAAUUUUCCUGAAUUACUGGCACAUUUAGGAAAAUACAGCAUAACCUUUCCUUUUUACCUCUUGGUCACUUGGGGUUUUUUUAAUCCAUCAAAUUUUCUUUGGGGAAAGUCUAUCACCCAGGCAGCCCUUCUCUGGAAGGAGGUGGGCCAAGUGGGGGUUUGCUUGAUAUUCAGAGAACUGGAGCUAACAUGGACUGCUCAAAGCCCAAAUAUUGGAUCACUGUGAUCUGUGAUGGGACAGUGAAUUCUGCAGUCAGACCUGAAAACUGUGCUUUUAGAGAGCCACACCUAUUGAGGGAGAAAUUUCUCCAGCCUUCACCUGCUUGUGACAGAGUAAGCAAUAAUCACACAAGCAGAGGAGGGUGUUAGUACUGCUUCUUUCUUUAGUCACAUUUAUUUUUGUGCUGGUUCACAAUGAAAUGUGACCAU